CGUCGCCGUGGAAUGAAAAAUCAUCCUCCUCGUUAUCAACUCCUCCUCCCGAACUCCCAGUCAAAAUUAACCAAGUUUCUGUUUUUCUUUCUUUUUUUUUUCUUUUUAUACUUUAUUUUUUGGAUUUGUAAAACUGAGCAAGCCCCUUUUCUCUUGUCUCUCCCGCAAUCCAACCCGAACUCCACAUGGAUCGUCCUCGUAAUCGCCCCUAAGUUGAUGCUAUAAUUCCCAAAUUUCUUUUUCCUUUCAAAUUUAUUUCUGCAACUCGAAUUUCUUCCCGAAAGUUGCAACUUUUGGAGAAAAUAGAGGAAGUAAAGCCCUAUCCAUGACUCGAUCCUCUCCCUAUUCACUUUCGUUUCUAUUAUUUUUAUGCUUUUCAGGGUUAGGGUUUGGUGUUGACCUCGUCCGAGCUUUGAAAGUUCCGUUCAGGAUUAAUGAUGUGCUUCCCGUGUUGCCACACCAGAUUUCUUGGCCGGUUUUGAACAAUUUCCAUAGUGCCGUCGAUUUGUUGCCGUCCUUUGUUGGCUCGGUGACACCAAACAAUGGGUCGGUUCAGUGGAAAGGAGCUUGCUUUUUUGAUAACGAGGCUCGUCUCGAGUUUACCGAAGGCGAUCGCGACGAUCCUGGGCUGGGAGGCGGCGUUCUCCAUCUCACGACAUCCGAUGCCCAUAGCUGGACCUGUAUGGAUCUGUAUGUUUUUGCAACACCAUAUAGGGUUACAUGGGAUUACUAUUUCUCUGCUAGAGAGCACACACUAAAAAUUGAUUCCUGGGAAGAACCUGCCGAGAUGGAAUAUGUAAAGCAGCAUGGAAUCUCUGUAUUUCUCAUGCCUUCAGGAAUGCUUGGCACCCUUUUAUCAUCAAUUGAUGUCUUGCCUUUGUUUUCUAACACUGCCUGGGGCCAGAAUGCGAACUUAGCUUUCUUGACGAAGCACAUGGGUGCAACAUUUGAGAAACGCCCUCAACCUUGGCGUGUAACAAUAAAUCCUGAAGAUGUGCAUUCUGGUGAUUUUUUAGCUGUGUCUAAGAUACGUGGUCGUUGGGGUGGAUUUGAGACUUUGGAGAAAUGGGUGACGGGUGCAUUUGCUGGUCAUACUGCGGUUUGCUUGAAAGAUGAAAUGGGUAAUCUCUGGGUUGGUGAAUCAGGACACGAGAAUGAAAAGGGGGAAGAAAUUAUUGUCAUCAUUCCAUGGGAUGAGUGGUGGGAACUGGCACUGAAGGACGGUUCUAACCCUCAUAUAGCUUUGCUUCCGUUACAUCCUGAUAUACGUGCAAAAUUCAACUCCUCUGCAGCAUGGAAGUAUGCCCGGAGCAUGUCAGGCAAGCCAUAUGGUUAUCACAACAUGAUAUUUAGUUGGAUUGACACCAUUGCUGACAACUAUCCACCACCUCUUGAUGCUCACUUGGUUAUUUCUGUCAUGUCCAUGUGGACAAGAGUGCAGCCAGCAUAUGCUGCAAAUAUGUGGAAUGAAGCACUGAAUAAACGUCUAGGAACUGAGGAUUUGGACUUAUAUGGAAUCCUAGCAGAGUGUGAAAAGCGUGGCCUGGCCUUCGAUCAAUUACUAACCAUUCCAGAACAAGAUGAAUGGGUAUACAGUGACGGAAAAUCAACAACUUGUGUGGCUUUCAUCCUUGAAAUGUAUAAAGAGGCUGGAAUCUUUGGCCUCCUCUCAAACUAUAUUCAAGUAACUGAAUUCACUAUUCGUGAUGCUUACACGCUCAAGAUUUUUGAGAACAACCAAACACGCUUGCCAAGUUGGUGCAAAAAUGAAGAUGGUCGGCUCCCAUUUUGCCAGAUUCUUGGUGAAUACAGGAUGGAGUUGCCAGAUUAUAACACCAUAGAGCUAUAUGCAAACAUGAAUGAGAACUGUCCAUCCUUACCUCCUACUUACAAUAGGCCUGCAAGAUGUUAAGUCCAGAAGCAAUCUAUAUGGUAUUUUAUUCAGUUUCUUAGAUGCAUUAUUGCUGCUGCCUGAGUUUGCAUCAUGUUACUUAUAAAGCUGCCAAGAUGUCUUUGUAAAAGAAGCAGAGAAGGGUGAGCAUGCAUGGCCUGCUUUUCCACGCGGUCUACCCUGUGUAAAUAUAUGUUAUUUAUGUAGAAUACGACCUUUGAUUAUGCUAUUUAUGUAGAUUAAAACCUUUGAGUUACUGAAUUUAUUAUGGGUAAUUUAUAUAGAAGUUUUCUAAGGUUUAUAUCAAA